AUAUAUUUUCCAUUUUGGCAGAUCAGCUUCUCCCACACUGAAAUUCAUCACCAUCAGUGAAGCUCCUCCCACUGCAAUCACAUCAUCAGUGAAGCUCCUCCCACAUCAGUUCUCCAAUAAAUGCUGGAAUAUUCCCAUCAGAGCAUCAGGAAGAGCUGAAAUCUGCAAAGACUGAGUUUAUUAAAGAGGACAGUGAGAACAUUAGUGAUCCAGAACCCUGCAGAAUGAAACACACUGAAGAUACUGAAGAACAAAGAGUCCUGAUGGAAGUGAAGGAGGAGAGUGAAGAAAUGAGUGAAGUGGAGGAGAAACAUCAUGUCAAACCUGGAGAAAAACCUUUGAGUCGCUCAAAGACUAAAAAGACAAUGUUAAAGGAAAGAAGAGCCAAGAAAUCUACAACCUGCACACAGUGUGGAAAGAGUUUCACAACCAAACAAAGUCUUGAUGUUCACAUGAGAGUUCAUACUAGUGAGAAGCCGUUCACAUGUGAUCAGUGUGGAAAGAGCUUCAAUCAAUCAUUAAACCUUAAAGAUCAUAUGAGGAUCCACACCAGAGAGAAGCCGUUCACAUGUGAUCAAUGUGGCAAAACAUUUCUUGGGUCAAUAAACCUGAAGAGACACCUUAGAGUUCAUACGAAGGAGAAGCCAUAUUCAUGUUCUGUGUGUGGAAAGAGUUUUUCACUACUGCAAAAUUUACAGAGACAUCAGAAAAUACAUACUGGUGUGAGAGAGUACAUGUGCUUCGAGUGUGAGAAGACUUUUAAUACAGCUGACCAUUUAAAACGUCACAAGAGAAUUCACACUGGAGAACAACCUUACAAGUGUUCACACUGUGACAAGAGAUUCAGUCAGUCAUCAUCUCUGAAAACACAUGAGAAGAUCCACACUGGAGAGAAACCUUACAAGUGUUCACACUGUGACAAGAGAUUCAGUCUGUCAUCACAUCUGAAAAAACACGAGAGGAUCCACACUGGAGAAAAACCUUACAAGUGUUCACACUGUGACAAGAGAUUCAGUCAGUCAGCAAAUCUGAAAACACAUGAGAGGAUCCACACAGGAGAGAAGCUGCUCACGUGUGAUCAGUGUGGAAAGAGUUUCACUAUUAAAAAUGACCUGAAGCGACACAUGAAGAUCCAUACAGUGGAGAAACCACAUGACCACAGUCUGAAAUCACUAUCAGCUUCUCCCACACUGAAAUUCAUCAUCAUCAAUGAAGCUCCUCCCACUGCAAUCACAUCAUCAGUGAAGCUCCUCCCACAUCAGUUCUCCAAUAAAUGCUGGAAUAUUCCCAUCAGACGAGCAUCAGAGCAUCAGGAAGAGCUGAAAUCUGCAAAGACUGAGUUUAUUAAAGAGGACAGUGAGAACAUGAGUGAUCCAGAACCCUGCAGAAUGAAACACACUGAAGAUACUGAAGAACAAAGAGACCUGAUGGAAGUGAAGGAGGAGAGUGAAGAACUGAGUGAAGUGGAGGAGAAACAUCAUGUCAAACCUGGAGAAAAACCUUUGAGUCGCUCAAAGAUUAAAAAGACAUUUUUAAAGAAAAGAAGAGCCAAGAAAUCUACAACCUGCACUCAGUGUGGAAAGAGUUUCACAAAAGAACAAAAUCUUGAUGUUCACAUGAGAGUUCAUACUGGAGAGAAACUGUUCACAUGUGAUCAGUGUGGGAAGAGUUACACAACCAAACAAAGUCUUGAUGUUCACAUGAGAGUUCAUACUAGUGAGAAGCCGUUCACAUGUGAUCAGUGUGGAAAGAGCUUCAAUCAAUCAUCAAACCUUAAAGAUCAUAUGAGGAUCCACACCGGAGAGAAGCCGUUCACAUGUGAUCAAUGUGGCAAAACAUUUCUUGUGUCAAUAAACCUGAAGGUACACCUUAGAGUUCAUACGAAGGAGAAGCCAUAUUCAUGUUCUGUGUGUGGAAAGAGUUUUUCAUGGCUGCAAAAUCUACAGAGACAUCAGAAAAUACAUACUGGUGUGAGAGAGUACAUGUGCUUCGAGUGUGAGAAGACUUUUAUUACAGCUGACCAUUUAAAACGUCACGAGAGAAUUCACACUGGAGAACAACCUUAUAAGUGUUCACACUGUGACAAGAGAUUCAAUCAGUUAACAAGUUUGAAAACACAUGAGAGGAUCCACACUGGAGAGAAACCUUACAAGUGUUUAUACUGUGACAAGAGAUUCAGUCUGUCAUCAUAUCUGAAAAGACAUGAGAGGAUCCACACUGGAGAGAAGCUGCACACGUGUGAUCAGUGUGGAAAGAGUUUCACUAUUAAAAAUGACCUGAAGCGACACAUGAAGAUCCAUACGGUGGAGAAACCACAUCACCACAGUCUGAAAUCACUAACCACCAGAAAGCAUCUGGAAGGAGAGGACAGAGAGAUCCAGUGAUCCAGAACCUGCAGAUGAAACAUCACGAUACUGAAGAACAAAGAGGUUGUGUCAAUGAGUGAUUUGACAAAGAAACAUCAUCCAAAGCUCAUCUUCAGGAGUUUGUGUUAAUGCACCUAAUGCUUUUGUAUCACUCAGUUUUCUUUUAUAAAGGGAACUAGUAUUUCUUUUAAAAAAAACUCAGUGUUCUUGUGCUGUCAUAUUCAAGGAGCUGAAGAAGAGGCAUAGAAAGACAAUCUGAUAUUUUUUAUCUCGUUCUUCAUUGUUUUUUAUUAGAACAUCUAGUUUCUCUUCCACUUCUACUCUUCCAUGCAAAUGCAAGAUAUACUUUCAUGUAUCUUUGAAACUGGACCCUUUGCUUCUCUUCUACUAAUGCAUAAUAAAUCAUAUUUCACCACACACAUGACUGUCAUUGAAUGAGAUUGCUGUCCGUCUACAUUAUUAACAGUUUCACCCUUGAUAUCCAGUAUAUACAUGUCAAAGAGUUUGUUCUAGUCAGUUUGAUGUUCAUUCACACCAUGAGGCUUCAUGAAGUCAGAACAAUUACCCUCAUUCAAGUGUUGAUAAAAAGGAUCUAUGAAGCUAGAAUAAAAUGUUUUUUAUUUUUUUUUAUUUAGUACACUUAAAGACAUUUUUCAAGCAUUUAAAAUAUAAUACAUAAAUAGAUACAUAGUAGUAUAA